CUGCAAUCAGAAUGGAGAAGGAUUUCCUCAAAGGUAAAUUCCAGCGUGCUGUCUUUGUCCUGGCAACUGUAGGAGUAAUCAUCUUAUUGACGGUAGCCAGGACUUACCAGCCAGGGACAUUUUAUCUGCCAGCGAUAAAAACCUACUACAAACAUGGUACAUGUCCAAGUGUACUCAAAUAUAUGGUGGCUGGUUCGUGGGCCACACGUCCUAUCACACACAAAGAGGAGGAUGAGAUUGAAGCCUUUUUACUUCAAGGCCUCUAUGCUGUAAAUGGAAGUAAUAAUUUCGAACUGAUGGAUAAACGAUGCGGGAACCUGGGCUACUAUCCAUGGAAGUCAAGUGAGAGAAUGGCAGACUGGACAAGAGCACUGUGUAACCCAAGGGGAAGUAAUCCUUGUUGCUAUAACAACACGUGUCAGAUGAAAACAGUUGAAGAAUGUGUCUGUACAGACUGCUAUGACCUUCGACCUCAGUUACAUGCUGAAUAUUCGAAAUGGAUUCCCAACGAUAGCAGAUGUCAAAUGAAAACAUUUUCACCCAACGCUGCCUGUGAGCUGCUCCGGGGAGGCACCUAUCACUUCUAUGGGGACUCCAUUGUCAGAAUGGUGUUUCUGGCCCUCAUCAUCAUACUCAAGGGAGAUAAGCAAUAUGGCGGACUUCGAUCCGAUGCACCUGCUGACAUUAAGAAAAGAUGUAAUGGGAUGUAUGUCUUUCCAACCCGUAACUGUCGAGCGUAUUUGGACUACACUCCGAAACUCUGCAACGGAACGGUAACACUGCUCUUCCGUCAUUAUCCACAGAGUAACGACGUUCCUAAGAUGAGGCAAGAUGUUAAACUGGUUCUUGGAAAACCAAAGUCUAUUAUAUUCUUUGGCGCUGGCUCAUGGCAGCAAUUUGAUCGCCGAGCUAUGAAGAAAUAUUCCUUGGCUGUAAUCACCUUACUUAAGAAUGAAACCUGGCCAAAGUUGAUAUGGUCAGGGUUUCAUUAUUUCGGCCUCUGGCAUAGACAAGUUGUAUCAACUUCAGACAAUGAACACGCUGAACCCUUCAACAGAUAUAUGGAGGACCUGGUGGGAAGGUUCAAUGUACCCGUGUUUGAUACCUUCAACAUGACUAAAGGAGUGAGGAGUGUGGAUGGCGUGCACUACGGCCCUGGGGUCAACUUUGUUAAAGCUCAGAUAUUCUUGAAUUAUAUUUUAGAAUUACAACGUCACGCAAUGUGGACUUGACACAAGCCUCGAUUAUUCGAGUCUUCGAGUUAUUCGAGUUAUAAGAAGCUCAAAGUACACUGCAAAGAAGAAAACGUCGUUUCCUUCCGUAUAUGGUCAUUGGACGGAAAAACUACCCUUUUGGACGCUUUCAAACAAUAAUUUUUCCGUCCAAAUAACUUUGUUAUUUGACAUCGGAAUUUACUCGGAGAGAAUGAUAUCAUCAAGCAGCAGCGUCUACUGGUAUUCUACCACUUAAAUGUCAUUGCUCUGUUCUCACGUGUCAUAUUACAGGCCGGAGUUUGACUCUGUACUCGUAGCGCUUAGUGGAAGUGCUGAAUUCAAUCGAUCUGCACGUGCGAUUGUUUAGUGCCUUGUUCAAAUUUUCCGUUCAGUGCAUGUGCGAUUUUGCGUAUUGUUUUCUAGAAUUUAGGUCACCACUAUUUGACAGUGAUUAAUAAACACAAUCUCAUGAUAAGGUCGGAGUCGUAUAAUCUCGCUUAUAUUUAUUACAUGUACUUGAUCGGCAGGCAUUUCUCAUUAAUUAGUUCAAUGAUAAUGGUGAAAAUUUUAAUCACAAUAUUUAGGAGAGUGCAAGGCUCAGGAACAGCUGAGUAUAGGAAAAGCAUAAAAAACUUACGCAAGUUAUAUAACCAUCAAAUACGCAAACCAAUAUAAACCUGAUUAAAUUGCCGGCUUCCACAACUGCUUUUUGUAGAAGGUGAACUUGGAGUACAUUGACAGAUAUGAUAUGCAUAUAUAUUUUUCAAAUAUUCCUUGGAAUUGAGGAAACUGCUUAUUAAUAGUUUUAAGGUUCACAUAAACAUGCACAGCUACACCACUAGUUUGUCAUUCAUAAUAACGGGUCAGUUUUCAAUCUUGUACUGACUUACUCUGGUGUUACACCCCAUUUGUUACUGUUUCUUACAUAAAGAGCACAGCUCCGUGACAGUCCAUACCACUUGAGAUGAAAAUGAUGUUCCCCAACCAAGUAAAUGAAUUAAUGAAUGUCUAACGCCACAGUCAAUCAAAGACACAACAAAAUGCCUUGUUUGCUGACACUGAUCGACCAGGUGGAUCCACAUUUAAUCCACUCUGUGGACAUUCCGGGUAACGAAAAGGCCCCCAUUUACCGGGGAAUCACUGGCUACCUAUAGAGAAUUAUUAUUAUUAUUCAUACGCUAUUCCCUCCCAAAAC